UUUGCGUAUUUAUUUUCUUUGUACGGGACAAGUCACAAGUGUGUAUGCUAUUUUCAUUUUUAUUUUCCCAAAAGGUUCAAACUUUGGCUGCAAUGUAGGCAUCUUAGUAGGGAAACUCAUGAACAUUGCAGAACGUUAGGUGUCUUCCUCAGCACUAUUCAAAGAGGUCCCAUUCCAAUAUAAGAUCAGAGUGUGUGGUUUUGUUCACUGUUUUUCAAAAAAAAACAUUGAAGAUGGGUUGGCUUUUUCCUCUUUUCCUUCUUUGUUCGCUUGGUCUUACUGUUGCUGGUCAAGAAUCCAUUGAGUUCCUCAACCUUUGUGAGACAAAAAAUGACAUUUUACUAGCCUCAUCUGAACUUCCCUUGGCUGUUUCAGUGAGUGAUGAAAACCUCAAUGAGGUUUCUGUCAGCGUUUUAUUGGCUGAAAAAUGGCUCAGGCACAACGUUCUUGCACACUACCCUUUGGCCAAAAUCACCACCAUUGUUGUGGAAACCGCUGCUUUCUGCCAACAAGAGCAACAACACAACCUCUCUGUGGUUCUAUCAUCUUUAAAGAAUGUCUACCACUCACUCAAGAGGUGGGGUUUAGAGAAAGACAUAAAAGUUUCUGUUGCUUUUAAUUUGGACUGUUUUGGUCCAAACUCAGUUUCUCAGGACAAUGAUUUGAAAAUGGUCAAACCGUUGGUAGAGUUCCUCCAAGAGGUAAAUUCCACAUAUUCUGUGAUCCCACAUUAUAGCUUUUCGCAUUUGUCUGAUAAAAGUUUGAGCUUGGUGUCAUCUUCCAUGAAAAAGCUUGGAUUUUUUCAUCUCAACAACAUGAAUGUCAUAGCCAUUGUUCCAAGAGGGAGAAAAACCAUAGCAAGAAAGCUUUCAGUUGUGGAUUUCAGCCCAAUAGGCCCAUUACCUGUGAGGCCAGCUCCAAUGCCAGAAAUAGCCAAGUCUCCAAUGGUUCCUUCCAAUGCACCAAUGCCUCCUUUAGCACAAGUAGUUUCUUCACCACCUCCAAUGUCUUCUUCCACUUUUGCCCCUGAAGAACCACCCUUUGUUGUUCCUGCUAGUUCCCCUCAUGGUUCCACUCUUCCUCCUUGUAAUCCACUACACAAUGGCGCACCUUAUCCACAAAUAUUCCCGGUCCAGAAACUGUGGUGUGUGGCUAAGCCUAGUGUUCCUGAAGAGACACUGCAAGAGGCUAUGGACUAUGCUUGUGGAGAGGGUGGUGCUGAUUGCAUGGAGAUUACUCCGCAGGGAAACUGUUACUAUCCAGACACUGUGGUUGCUCAUGCUUCAUAUGCUUUCAACAGUUACUGGCAGAAGCAUAAGAGAAGUGGUGGAACAUGCAGCUUUGGAGGGACUGCCAUGUUGAUCAAUGCUGACCCAAGUUUCCUUCACUGUCGGUUUAUUCUUAGCUAAGUGUGAAAAUAAAAGUGGAGCUGGUGACUUUCUUUCUUCAUUUUUUUUUUUUUGGCAGUUAGUGUGGAGGAUUUUAUGUUAAGGUGACUUCGUCUUUGAAUCACUAGCAAUUGGUUUAUGUAUAAUGUGUGGACCAACUUCUAUUUUGGGAUCAUGGCCUAACUUGAAUGCUUUCAGGCUUAAUUGUUAUAUUGUUUAUGAUAUAUAGGUACAAGUAGUAACUAAUUUGUAGUUCUGUUCUUAAUUACUUGCUGAUUGAUGCCUAUUUGCCUA